AGUAGGCGCUAUUGGAUGCCUGGAGACGGGUUGCUGGGGUCGGGUUGUGCGGAAUACUAACUUUACACUCCGGGCUUAAUGCUAUAAGCCGGGGGCGCCGGGGAGUGGGAAGUUCUCGCCCCUGAACCCCCAAGACAGAACGCGACAGCCAGGGAGCAGCGCUGGGGGCCGGGCGCGGGCGGAGCCGGCUUUUCUGUCGGAGGACGUAGGCCCUCACGCAGCGCCUUUAAGGCUCCCAUCCGAGCCGGCCCCGGAGCUGAGAGCGGCGCGGGCGCGGGCGUUGCUGCUGGACCUGAGCAGGGGCCCGGGGCCGAGGACAGGCGUUUAGAUAGUGCGGCUGGUCCCAGGCGGCUGAGGUCAGGUGAGAGUCUCAUUUUCAGCUUCUGCCAGAGCCAGUAGCAGUUGGGAAAGAAGGCUGUGCUCUUCAAAGACCCCUGCAGGUGUCAGCCAGCCCUAAAGAGCAGGAUGGAUCUUGAUGUGGUUAACAUGUUUGUGAUCGCGGGUGGGACGCUGGCCAUCCCGAUCCUGGCGUUUGUAGCCUCAUUUCUCCUGUGGCCUUCGGCACUGAUAAGAAUCUAUUACUGGUACUGGCGGAGGGCACUGGGCAUGCAGGUGCGCUAUGUGCGCCACGAAGACUAUCAGUUCUGUUACUCCUUCCGCGGCAGGCCUGGGAACAAGCCUUCCAUCCUCAUGCUCCACGGAUUCUCUGCCCAUAAGGACAUGUGGCUCAGCGUGGUCAAGUUCCUUCCAAAGAACCUGCACUUGGUCUGCGUGGACAUGCCAGGACAUGAGGGCACCACCCGCUCCUCCCUGGAUGAUCUGUCCAUAGAUGGGCAAGUCAAGAGGAUACACCAGUUUGUAGAAUGCCUCAAGCUGAACAAAAAACCCUUCCACCUGAUAGGCACCUCCAUGGGCGGCCACGUGGCUGGGGUGUAUGCUGCUUACUACCCAUCAGAUGUCUGCAGCCUGUCUCUUGUGUGCCCUGCUGGUCUGCGGUACUCAACUGAUAAUCCAUUUGUACAGCGGCUCAAAGAACUGCAGGAGUCGGCCGCCGUGGAGAAGAUUCCCUUGAUCCCGUCCACUCCAGAAGAGAUGAGUGAAAUGCUCCACCUCUGCUCCUAUGUGCGCUUCCGGGUGCCCCAGCAGAUCCUGCAAGGCCUUGUCGACGUCCGCAUCCCUCAUAACAAUUUCUACCGAAAACUGUUUUUGGAGAUCGUCAGUGAGAAGUCGAGAUACUCCCUCCAUCAGAACAUGGACAAGAUUAAGGUCCCGACGCAGAUCAUCUGGGGGAAACAAGAUCAGGUGCUCGACGUGUCUGGGGCGGACAUGUUGGCCAAGUCAAUUACCAACUGCCAGGUGGAGCUCCUGGAAAACUGCGGGCACUCGGUGGUGAUGGAGAGACCCAGGAAGACAGCCAAGCUCAUUGUCGACUUCUUAGCUUCUGUGCACAACACAGACAACGACAAGAAGCUGGACUGAGGCCCCAGUGGCAGCCUGCACUCCGCACCCAGCAUCCACUUCCAUCUCCAGAAUCUGACGCAGCCACCACUUCUCAGGGAUCCUGCCCCAAAUGCGGUGGGAGCGCCAGCGUCCCUGAGGAAGCCAAGUCCUCCUCCAGCCCCAAUCUCUACAGAUCCGCAGAGCUUCGGGGGCCAUGAGGAAAACUCCAAGAUGUUUUUCACAAAAUGCACAUUCACAUGGAACGAAAUAAGAAAACCCAUCCAUGAAAUCUACCCAGAAGUCUUCAAGUUCAUGUCACAAAGCGCCCACAUUGGACCAUAACCACCGAGGACAUUUUCUUUAAGAUGUUCCUCACAGACUGAGGCUCGAGGUAUUUCUGUUGCUUCUGACACUCUCCCGUGCAUGCUCAGUGGCUGUUUUAGGAGCGUUAGUCCCCAUUCACCAAGCCCCUCUUGUUUAUGUCUAAUUUAAGUUUUACGUAGAGUCCCAUAUGUGAAUGCAGCCCGUCAACUGCAAGACCACGGAGGAACACGGCAGGCUGUAGAAAGUAUUUACACAGAAGGGGGUGUUCUGCCUUGCCAGCUCUCAGAGCAGCAGAGAACACAGGUGGGUGAUUUGACCAGCACCCCUGUGUCAGGUAUGUCUUGAGUGAACCCGGGACAGCUGCAGUACAAAGAACACCUGGCAGGGUGGGUUCCCUGGGAAUAAUUUAUUAUUUUUAAAAAAGAACUAAUAAAGCAAUAAUGUUCUAGACAUCUAUCUAAAUAAUCAGACUCGGGUUCCGCUCCCAAGCACCUCUUUUCUAUCUUGCUGUGCUGUUAAAAACCCUUGGAUGUAAAAUACUAGUUUGUUAAUGAAUUCUGUGAAUUCUGUGAACAGUAAUGUGAUUGAAAAUAAAUCUAAACUGCUGUAAAAGUGACUGCAAUGACAUAAAAUAAAUUUAAUAAGUCUAGAUCAGCAACAUACAA